AUGUCUCAAGUUGUAUAUAUCACUACAGAACCCUCAGACAAGAUUCUCGUAGAAGGAAUCCUCCAUACACCCGAUUGGAUCCACCCACAUCUAAUUGAAAGCAUCGACCCGAUCAAAGGUCGCCAAUUUCGCGUUUCCGGUCCCAUCCCUAAAGGCGCCUGUCUCCUCGUCGAUUCCCCCUACGCAAUUAUCCCCGUCGUCGACGAACCCGCCCACAACGACAAUCUCAUCUGCAGCAAUCCCGCUUGUAAUCGGCCGGCACCUUGGCAUACCCGGACUUCAUGUCCGAAUGCCUGUAUCCCGGAUGUGACGUGGUGCAGCAGCACAUGUCGUGACGCGGAUAGUCUUCGACAUGGGUUUGAAUGCGCUUGGCUCAAACGGUAUGCUGGGACUAUUCGGUCUAAGUGGAGUGAAUAUGAUUUUGGCAUGCUGUGGGUGAUUAUUCGAUUGCUUGCUGCGCGAUAUUGUCAAUUGAAUGAGCAGACGGCGAUUGGGAUUGAUGAAUCGAAGAGGCUUUGGAAAUAUGGCUGGAGUGGCAUUGAAUCGCUUUGUGGUUCUGAGGAUACUUGGCCUCAUGACAAGGUCCGAUCUUGGUCUGCGCUUGUGAAGAAGUAUUUGAAGAACAGUCCUGCUCUUCCACAUGAGAUGAGUGCAGAUCGUGUUCUUCAUCUCAUUUGUCAGGAAGAGGCAAACUCAUUUGGGCUUUACCCGCGAGAAACAGGUCAUUUCCCCUUGCCGAACCCUCCUGUCGACAGAGGGGAGCAGUUCGCUGCUGCUGUUUAUCCCACUGCGGCAAUUGCGAAUCAUUCGUGCCUGCCAAAUAUUAUCCAUAAAGCCGACGAUAAUGGCCGUAUGGUAUUCACUGCGUCCCGUGACAUUUUUCCAGGCGAAGAAUGCUGCAUUUCAUACUUCGACCUGAUAGAAUAUACGGAUCUUAAUUUGCGUCGCGAGCAUCUUCGAAAAUCGUUCCGUUUUGUGUGCCAAUGUGAACGAUGUGUUUCCGAAGAGUCCGCGGAUGAAUCCGCAGAACCAGAAGGGACUGCAAUGCCAAUGAUGGAUAUAUGA